AAAGCCUGGCGCGGACGUUCAAAAAAUAUGGCAGAGCACUCCACGGUGUUAAAACCAAAGUUGGAGCACACAGAAAAAGCCUCCACUUUCAGCAACACGGACGCUCAAGUAAAAAGGCGUCUAUCGUUCUCGUCAGAAAAAGAUGUUAGCGCCCUGGAAGAGUUUAGCACAAUUUGUUCAGACAUAAGUUUACGUAGUGUUUCCGAUGACUCACAUUCGUGGCCAUCGGCAGUGACAAUCGCCGAACAGCCCUCAGCGGAACCCGUCAACGAGGACAGAGGUAAAGACUCCUCACCUCAACAGCAUGUAAUGGACGGAUGUGAAGACAAAGAAAAUACUGCGAAACCCUCCAUAGCCGUUACUGAAGAUGGCAUCGAAGGAGAAAUGCCUGGUCAUGACCCAGUUGAUACCGCUAGCCAACAACACCAUGACACAGAGGAAAGAAAUGCCGAGGUGGUGAAAAGAGCACAGGAGGAGGGCUGUGUGCACGUGGUCUUCCCUGGCCCCGUUACUCAGGAUGGCUGCUAUCGUUUUGUCAGCGAGAUCCUCAAGUGCAUCCUGUAUCAGAGGCAGCAGCUGCCCAUGACCUAUGAUCAGCUGGUGUACUCUCAGAAGAAACAAGCCUCACUGCAGGAUGAGGACGCAGUGAGUCGGAGGCCAGUGAAAUCUAAGGACAUGGACUGGCGUAAAUGCCAACAGACCCUUCAGGACUUGGAGGAGGUUCUGCAUCAGCUGGAAGUGCUUUUUUCCCUGAGUAAGGUCCCUCGUGUGUUGUUGUUAAUUGGAGGCUCCCUCAUCCUCCCCAAAGAGCUGUACGAGAUCAACAUGGAAGACCUGGUGCUGGCUGCCGGGGACCAGUGUCUACGGGUGUCAGCGUGCUUGAGGCAGCUGUUCCGUACGCUUUUUGUUGCCGACCUCCUGUCAGACACCCGACCUGUUCGCAUAAUGCCCACCACGGUCCUGGCCCUGGCUCACAGGGAUUGUGGCGUUGGCUGGUUCCACCCCAAACUGCAAUUCAAAGUCCCAGCUCGAGUAAAGAAACAUAUCAUCGCUCUCUCUACUGACCUUAGCAUCUGUAAAGAAACAAAAACUGACGGGUCAUACUGGCAAGAUUAUGUGUGGUUUCAGGCACCCACUGCAAUUAAGGGCUUUAGCAACUAACCCCAAAAAGUUACAUAGGGCACGGUUUUAUCUCCAAGCUGUUUUUGAAUAUUUGAGACAAUAUUGAACUUAAGUUUGAACUAAGCUGUACAUAUUUUAAUGCAUUUAGCUGCAUUUGUUUUAGGGGUGGUGAUUCAAACAAUAGUGAAAUACAAGGGGUCGUUGGUAUGAAUGUUUUUAUUUAUACAGGACUGCAUUACAUUAGUUUUGCUCUAUAUUAAACACAACACACAAGCUGAGUGCAAUAUAUUUUUUACCAAACAUAACUUGAAUUGUUUAAUAAAUGACCUGGGCUUAAUGUAUUAAUGUGCCAGUUUCACCUGUGUACACGUUUACAAUUAUCAAGACCUGCAAAUGAUUUUAUUAAAUAUUACAAAUCAAGCAAUAAGAUGUAUUCUGGAGUACAAAAGGAUUAAACAUAACAAUGACUUGUAUGUGCUGUGUGUGGAAUGUCAGUAAUAGAAAAAUAACUUCAGGAGCUUCUUAGAGCUUCUCCACUUUUUUAACAAACUGCAUAAUGUCGUCGGCCAGCAGCUGUGGCUCUUCAAAGGCGGCGAAGUGGCCCCCCCGAGGCAUGAAGGUAUAGGAGUAGAUGUUUCUGUACCUAACCUGUGCCCACGAUUGGGGGCAAUGCAUAAUCUCCUGUGGGAAAGCGGCCACUCCAGUGGGAACAAAUAUGCCAGUCUUUGAGUCAAUCCUUUCAUUGGGGUCACUUUUAAAAUUUUCUUUGUAGAAGCGCAUGGAGGAGACGACGGAACCUGUGGUCCAGUAGAUCAUGACAUUUGUCAGCAGGUCGUCCAGGCUGAAUUUUCUCUCCAGCCCUCCAUCCAUCAGAUCUCUGUUAUUCAUAUUAGUCCAAGAGGAGAACUUUUCCAGAAUGUAGGCUGCCAAGCCAACAGGAGAGUCAUUCACACCACAACCAACAGUGUCGGGUUUAGUGGCCUGAAUGUGAAGGUAACCACUUUCCUUCAGGAUUGUGUAGACGUUCUUCUCAAAGAAAGGGAAGAGGCGGCGAACAUCCUCUCGAGUGAGGCCCACCAGGAAGGGCAGAUAAGGGCCAAUGAUCAAAGACAACAACACCUUGAAACCUCUUGGUGACAUACACAUGUUCACGUGGAGGCCUUUCACACAGUCAGGCUUCAUUUGUGCCAUGUUAGUCGUGACAAGAGAGCCCCAGUCACCUCCUUGCACAUAGAACUGGGAGAACCCCAAGCGCUCCAUCAGUUUCAGAAAAAUCCGGGCAGCGGCCAAACUGUCAAAUCCUUUUUUAUGAGAGGCUUCUGAGUAGCCAUAGCCAGGGAUAGAUGGGAUUAUGACCUCAAACACAAUGCUAUCGUUGUUUUGUGUCAGAAGUGGCAGGAUCCUGAAGAAUUCAUAAAAGGAGCCUGGCCAGCCAUGAACAAGCAUAAGAGGCAGAACCCUCUGAUUCCCACUGUGAGACGGUCGGACGUGGAUGAAGUGCACGUCGAGUCCUUCAAUUUUGGUUUUGAAGUGUGGAUAUUUGUUAAGCACUGCCACCUGCUUUUUCCAGUCAAACUCAUUCCUCCAGUAGGACACCACUUUCUUGAGGUAAGUAGAGUUGAAGCCAUACUGGAAACCACUAUCUUCUAAGGGGUCGCUGUAGCGGGUUCUGUCGAUGCGCUCAUGAAGAUCCUCAAUCUCUUUGUCUGAGGUUUGUACAGUGAAAGGAUAGAUCUGAUCAUCCUCAUAAGAUGGCUUCUCUCCUGAUCCCCACCAGCCGUCACCUAGAGGGAUGGUUUUCACCUUGUUCCUUCUGUGCACGGCAUAAGCCAGUAUUCCACCGGCUGCCACAGCAGAUCCCAGAAUCAGGCGCUGCUGCACAACAUCCAGGCCACAGAAAGUUUCCUUCAAAAGCUGCAGCCUCUGCAUGGUGCUGGUCAGAGCUCACGGGAGACCUUUGACCAGGUAGAGCUUUUUCUGUCACGCUUGACGUGUCUGUUUGUUCUGAAAUAGUGAUACCUACUACCACAGUCAGAAAGCCAAUAUCUGGGGUUUGGCGUUCUUAACAAUGCCCACGGUAGGAAGCAAAACACGAAGAAGAGUGGAAAAACUCCUGCGUGUCCAGAGGCGGCUCCUGAUUGGCUGUUAGUGACGCCCCGCCUCCGUGUCCCGAGCACCCGUGACGUCAGCUUUUUUCAUAUAUCUGACGUUGGGUGGCGUGUGUGUUGUUUUUCUCCUUUCGACUCCCUACUGUGAACGACAGAAAACAUGGAGUGGAAGGUUGUUCUCCCCCUUCUUUCGGCGCUGUUCGCGGCGGCGUCCAGCGGCAUGCCCGGGGGGCUUUCGGACGCCAACGCCAACGACGAGGGCGUCCGGAACGCCCUGAACUUCGCCGUGGCCCAACACAACACGCGCUCCAACGACAUGUACCGCCACGACGUGAUGGAGGUGGUCAAGGCUCAGACUCAGGUGGUUGCUGGGGUGAAGUAUGUCAUAACUGUGAAGAUGGUGAAGACUGGCUGCAGAAAGAACUCUGCAAAUGAGCAGUGUACCUCCCAGACCAGCCCAUCCAAGACUCAGUCAGAACCGGAAGUUGCUUCCUUCGGUGGACAAAUUCCAAGUUCAACGCUGCAAGAUCCGCUGGCCGGCAAUCAAUCAUUUACGGAAACUGACCCGUAUUGUGUCGCACAACCAGUUUGGAAGAUAAAUACUGGUUUAUCAGGAAAAACUGCGAAGAGCAUGAAAGUCCUAAACAAAGAGGAACUUCUGACCGCUGAGGGAGUUCUGCUGAAGCACUUACCGAAGAGUUAUAAGAUCUACGGAUUCCUAUACGGUAUAAACCGGGACAAACCCAGUACCCUUGAGGUUAUCGUUGACCAGUGGCCUGAUUUUAAAGUGAUCAUUUGCCGACCUGACGCCAAGAACGAGCGUGCAUUGGAUUUCAUGAAAAAGGUGUCAUUGUACAGCACCGACGAAAAGAUUUUAAGGAAAGUACUGAGAGAAGAAAAUGCAAUUGACUGGAGCACUUAUUUCUUAAUUGGAGGAUUUGACUUUUCCUAUGCACCAAUGCUAAGAGAAAUAUCUUCUGAAAGAGAGGUCAACAACAGAGACUAUACUUUGGUCCGCCUUUUGUAUUUGCCAGACAUCAGCUUUCUGCUCAGCCCAGCGGUGGACAGUGAGCUUGAAUCAAGGGUGUCGUCUCUUAACCUCUCUCACGUCGACUUAGUAAAUAAAACCUGGAAGUUUGGCGGGAACGAGCAGGGUUACAGGAACAUCAAACAUCUGAUAAGCAACUUCCCAUCCAGCUGCAUCAUGGACGUUCAGGGGCAGCCAGUGGCCUGGAUGCUGGCAUAUGACUACUGUGCCAUGGGGAUACUGUACACCCUGCCAGAGCACAGAGGAAAAGGCUAUGCCAAAGUGCUGGUCAGCACAAUGGCAAAGAAACUCAACGCUGAAGGUUACCCAGUUUAUUGUUUCAUUGAAGAAGGCAACAAGGUGUCUUACAAACUCUUUCAAAACAUGGGCUUCACUGAAGAUAUCUCUUACAGAGCAGCAUGGUUUGAGUUCAACUUUUGAUCUUGUAAAUGGCAGAAUUUGGAGUUUACCUAAUAGACAUGUUGUGAUCUAAAUUGCAUAAUGUAUCAAAAAUAAACAUUUGGCCAAAGGUUGUUAUUAAGUAUUUAAUAGUGUAUGGCACUGUACAGGAUUGUUAUCCUCGUUGUCAAAACUUUACAAAUAUUUGCCAUAGUAAACCCCCUUUUUUAGACUUGUACUUGAAAUAAACAAUCCAA